AUGGCACCGAGCCAGAAGUCGGCAGCCACCGUGUCUACUCCAAUUCAACGUCCAAGCAGGCACUGCAGAUCUUCGCUCGAUUAUCCUCUAGCCCCCAUAGACAACCCACAGCUCAUCAAUCUUCCACCGACCAAUCUUACACCAUCCACCCCGGCUUCCGCAUCGUCUACCUCAUCCCUCCUCCAGCGUAAACUUUCUCUCAAACCACGAUCGACACGAAGUCCAGGAGCGCCUAUAACUCCUUCUGAAACAAGACUCGAUACACCAAAGGUAUCCAAGACGACGAUUGAAUCGAGGAGUCAUGGACUGCGUAAAGCUCAGGAGAAGGAGAAGGUGCCAUGUCCCUUUCCGGAGAAGUAUGGUGGGAGGGAGAAGUGUGGAGUUUUGGAUGACGACGGCGGAGAUGAGAUCCUGAUGGCUUCUUGUGCUGCUCUGGCCUUUCAUGAGAACCGUGCAUUGUCGGCAGAAGAGAUUGCAGCUGUCAUCUAUGAGCAAGGCUGGCUUAGACCACCGUCCGUCGCUGUCGAACCUAGCGCGAUCAUCAACAGCAGUAUUCGAGGACAUCUCAAACGAUGUGAAAAGUCUGGACCUAGUCGACAACCCCUUCUCGCCAAACAUCAGCUGGCAGGCUCAGUAUGCGAAGCAGCCCUUGAGCCGGCCCUCCAUCCUCAUGCCUUCAGUGGAGCCGGUCGACCAAAGGGUACCGUGUGGUAUUUGAGCCAAGCAGCGGGACGUAUGAGAUGGCGCAAUCCAUUCGAAGGUCUCGAGGUCCCAAAGUCCCUCCCACGGAAGCUUUCAUUGAAGCCUAAGAAAGUCGAGAAGGAGAGCAAACCGAAGCCCAAACCAUUCGUCAAACCUUCGAUGCCGGUGAAGAUCAGGCUUGUCCUUGGUACAACUCAAGGAGAAGAUAGCGAUAUGACUUCGAGAAGUGCCAGUGGUUCCAGAGAUCCCACUCCGGCCAUCGUUCAACCCGCCCCCCGUAAACUUCAAACCCCCAGCAGAAACAUUCUCGACUCAUCCGAUAGCGAAAGCUCGGACUCGGAUAUGGAUGUCGAUCCUGGUCCAUCUAAACCGCGAAUUCGAAAACUUGCGCCUCCACCAUUAUCCAUCUGUAGUACCCUACCAUCUAAUCGCUCCGCGUUCGGUGACAUGUUCAACUCAUCGCUUACCCCCAUCCUUCCAGCGUUCAACAGCGUCCCCCACUCAUCUCCCUUCCCAUUUCAUUCCCUUGACAACACAAGCUGGAUGGUUCGUCGCGAUCACCCCCACCGCGGCUUUGACGAUGACGACUCAACCUCGAGCUCGGGGGAUGAGACCAGAGCAGAUGGGAUAGAUGACUGGGUGAUGACACCCGCUGCUGUGUCAGAUGGGGAGCAUGAGAAUGAAGAAGAUGAGGGGAAAGUGAAGGAGGCCACCGAUGCUUUACGGGUCCUGUUCAACAUGCCUUCCCCGGAUUAUCGACAUACAGACCCUAUCCUCGACCUCGCUAGAUCACCUCCAUCUGACAUAUCAAGUAUAACCGAUAGUUCUUCUACCGCUACUGCCCAAGCACUCUCUCGAGGGCAAUUACGAGCCCCCCUGCUAGAAGCCUUCGCUUUGACCGAAUGGAGAGUGGCAUCAAGCCCUGCGCCAAUGCCCAUCGAACUCCCAGAAUUCAAACCCGAAGGCAGCCCAUGCGAACAUCUUCACCUACCAGACGAGUCGUUUGAAACAGGGACCGACCCCGAGGAUAGUUGGAUGAGUGACGGGGAAUUGCCUGUGAAGGCGGAUGAUUCCAUGUCCGACAUCGAACUCAACUCAACCAUGGGCGACAUCACACCGGAGCACGAUAAACAAAUGCAUACGGCAGCAUGGGCACAGGAAGCAGCAGAAGCUAUGGACGUCAAAUCUGAACCAUACGACUAUGCUUCUCCCGUUUCUACCCUUGCGGACGAUAACAGUGCUAUGAUGUAUGGGUCUCGAGCUUCCACUGAGUCGCGUUCCCCCUCCAGUGGAUCUUCCGAACUGCCCGAGUUGGAGUCUCUUAAUGGUUCUAGGAUCUUCGAGGAGAUCUUUGUCGGACCGGAGAGUAUAACAUUAGAAGAGUUGGAUCAGCUUAUGCCUUCACAAGGAAAGUCUGAUAAGACGCCCUCUCGAGCGAGGAAGAUCCGACAGCAGACUGGUACAGGGACAUGGGGAUGUAUUGGUGUAGGAAGUUUAGCUGCGAAAUUUACCCCGAAGAUCAUACGCAAGAAAUCAUCUCGCUCCAAACGCCCACCCUCCCCAAACCCCAUGAAUGAUCAAGAUUUACUCGCUCUGGACGAAAUGAACAUUGAAGUAUCCUUGGAAGGGACCAUUGGCACUGCUGAUUUGGAAGAAGCUUGGGCUGAGGCGAAUGCGAAUUAUGAAGCAGCGAUGAAGGCGCAUAAGGAAAAAGCCGAUCAAGCCAAAGCUCUUUUUGAAGCUUUCAGACAGAAAGUCAAAGAUUGUACAACGCCCCCGGUACCAACACCUUCUACCGAUAGCGCUGCCGAAUCACCUUGGGCUGAUUUGACCUCGGCGUCAUGGAACUCAACAGAUUCUUUGAAUCCGACCACUCCAGGUGUACUCUCUCCACUCAUGUUACAAAGCGUUUCGGCGUUGUCUCUCAUCGGGGAUCAUCCUGCCCUUUACGCUGUGGAUCCGAAAGCUCUGAUUUCACCUCCGAUCCAGAUGAAUGCGCUCUUCGACGGUGACUUGAGCUCAGAGAUUGACACUAUCAUCAAUGCCAAUUCUCUCAACAAUUCAGUUCCUAAAUCCAACAAAACCCCUCAGACAAAUAAUCCCAAAUCUGCCACUAUUAACAACGUUGGAUCUUCUGUGAAAUCACUCACUUUGACAACCAAUCGACCCAUCCAACCUGCUCCUCCCGCCCUCAGUCCUUCUUCCGGCUCACCUCGUCCGUCCUCGGCGGCAUCCACAGAUUCUCACUUAUCAGCACCUACCACGGUAUCUUCAGAUCGGCCAAUCACUCCUCCCAACGCCGCUUCGGGAUUCACCAAUCCUCCUGCUCGUGCUCGAGGGGGAGCCUAUAGAAGUAUUUGUCCGGGUCUAGAUGCUUGUGUGGUAAAUCAGAUACCUGUAUACUCACAGCAAUACACAACCCCAGCGGGAAAGAAAGGAACACUUCUAAGAAGAGUCGACACGGAUUUUGUCAAUGCCACUGCCUUUUUGAAUGCUUUAUCGGUACCUUCGAAUAAACAUAGAGAGAUUAUAGGACCUCCGGGGGCUAGUCACAAAGCCAUGCAACAGAAAGAUUCGAGAGGGGUGUUUUAUGCUCCUGGGGUGUGUGGAGUUUGGGUUCCUUUAGCUGAAGCGAAGACUUAUCCUAAGAAAUUGGAUGUGAAAGAGGGAUCAACUGUCUUGACUAUUUUGAGAGAUGAUUUGUUCUCUAUCUUCGCAGUCAUGGCAGGAGUCACCUUUCCUCAUUCCGCUUCCGACUCUUUCGGUCCCGUAUUCGCAGCCGACGAUCCCCAAACAACAUCUAUGAACUCUUCUCAAUCAUCUCUCGCCUCGUCAAGUAGCUCUAAAUCCGUUCCUGACUUGACAAGCAACCAAUCAUGUUCACAAAAAAGUUCAUUGGUGAGAUGCGCAGUUGCAGCUCCGUCCGACGCACCACAACCGAAACGUAGACGAGCGACAAUAGUGGGAGAUUCGAGUCCUUUGGUGCUCCCUACAAUCAGGGGUAAGAGGGGGUCGGGAUCAGCUGCUACUCCUACGAGUUCAAAUCCGACCUUGAGAAAAUCAAGAGCUAGUAUUGCGGGUGAUAUGGUGAAACCUAAAGUGGAGUAAAAAUCUUGAGACUCGAAUAAUGGCUUGGAGUAUCCUAGUAUCAGUUGGAAUAUACAUCGAUGAUACGUCACGCUCAUUUCAGCCGAUGAAAUCAGAAGUGCAAUGAGUCAGAUGUCAUGAGUAGGAGUCAUGGAAGAGAAAGAUGAGGGGAGUGGUAGAUAUCGGUAGGUUGAUAGAAUAAACUGAAUCGAGGGAGGAAGGGAGGAAGAACGCAGCAAAGAAGAGGGAAGGAUAUAACACUGCUCUUUCAGGUAAACUGUGGCAUGUGGAGAAAAUAUGAACCUAAAAAAUGCAGAAUGAAUAAAAUU